AAGGAAAAACUACACCAGGAAGAAAAAAAAGCGCAGCCCUCAUUUUUCAAUCCACGCUAGUGAGUGACAAGAGCGGAAUCCCUCGAAAGUUUUCACCAGCAGCGCCGAAGGCAGAGCUUAGUUUUCUUCUCCGUGUCAAUUUUGUUUAUCGUAUGUCCAUCCAGAAUCUAAAUACAUUCGACCCAUUUGCGGAUGCAAUAAAGGGUGCUGAUGAUGAUGUACAAGACGGACUCGUGCACAUAAGAAUCCAGCAGAGAAAUGGUCGCAAAACACUAACCACUGUCCAGGGUCUGUCAGCGGAGUACGACCUGAAGAAGAUCGUGCGAGCAUGUAAGAAGGAAUUUGCGUGCAAUGGCACUGUGAUUGAGCAUCCCGAGUACGGCGAGGUCCUCCAACUACAGGGCGAUCAGCGCGAAAACAUUUGCCAGUGGUUAACCAAGUCGGGCCUAGCGAAACCUGACCAGUUGAAGGUGCACGGUUUCUAAGCUGCUGGAAAACAGACCCAGAUCCAAAUAGCGAACGAAACCCAUCAACUACAACAACUUCAACAACAACAAUAACAGCAACAGCAAAUCAAGCGAGCAAGGCGAACGGAAAUUGUGUGCAGAAUACGUAUUCAUACAGAACGUGUGGUGGUGGGUGCGUUGUGUACGUCAUCGUCGAUUAAAUAGAGAAAACAAAAAAUUUAACCACGAUUCGUAGGACAAUUUUGGAGGUAUUCAAAUGAACAAACCACAACAGUAAUAACAAACACAACAGCAAGAACAACAUCAAAAUCCCCUUUUUUGCAUCAGCGUAUACAAAGUCGAAAAUCUGAGUGUAAUAAAUGUAAUCCCCCACGCCCAGCUCUUUAUUUUGCCUGCCCAACAAUACAUGUGCAAAAGGACGCGAAUAAAGCAGUUACGGUGUGUGGAUUGGAUAUGUUGGUAAAAUGAAA